AUGUCAAUAUGGUGGAUAAUACCGCCACCAAAGAGCGCAAUGACAUGGCAAAGCUCAAGCCUGGCUACAACGCCUACGAUGACGACCAAUUUGAUGAGAAAUCGGGACAGCCUGCACCAAAAAAAGGGGUUUUGGCCAAAUAUGACGAAGAAAUCGACGGAAAAGCGGCCAAAAAAAAUGGUUUUAGGAGAGUAUGGUGUAGUGGGACGAGAUGAGGAUGCUGAAAGAAGGCAAAAGGUCUUAGCAGAGCUCAAGAAGAGUGCACAGAGUGUGCAGGAUAUCGCUGUGAGUGCCCGUGCGGAUGCCUACACAACGGAGGAGAUGGUGGCCUUCAAAAAGCCCUCCAAAAAAAAGAAAAAGAAAACUAAAAGUAGGCGCAUGCGAGCAGAUGACCUUCUGGACAACCAAGACUUGUCUAUACCGGAAGGCGGUGAUGUGAACGAUGAGGCGGCUCCGCGUAAGUGGGGAAUGAAAGCGGCUGAUUUGGAUGCUGGCGAGGACGAUGACGACGAGUUGAGACUCGCCCUAGAACGCACAAGGCGGCAAAAGUCAAGGGCCAACACAGAAACCAGUUUGGAGAGUAUUUCCGCUGCGCUGGCACAGAGGCGAAAGGAUGAGUCAUUGAGGACCGACUAUGCAGAGAACAGUGGUAAUGGGUUGACAAUCAGUGCGAAUGUCGAGUCUAUUCGAUCGCUGGGCGCAGUUCCCACAGCCCAACGCAAGGUGAAGACGGAACCGACCACGGAAAAUGCACAACGGACAAUUAAAGAGGAACCAGUGGCUACGGAUAUGAUGGAUGUGGAUGCAGCGAUCGACGAGCCCACAGAGAAGAAGAAGAGCGCAUGGACGGGUGUGGGACAGACAAUUAAAGAGGAACCGCCGGCACAUGUCAGAAUACCGGAGGCGGAAAUCAAACAAGAACCCGAGAGUGAUACGGAAGAGUUUACGUUAUUGGAGGAGACCAAGCUGGCACGUGGUGGUAGGGACAGACGGGGCGGUGGCACGUUUGAGGAACUACGCGACUACAACCCAGACUCAAAGCUGGAAUACUACGACGAGAGUGGCCACACCAUCGAUGUGAAGGAGGCCUUCCGACAGCUCUCCUACAAAUUCCACGGCAUUAAACCUGGCAAGGCCAAGAUCGAGAAGAUGAUGAAGAAGCGUGCAGAGCAGCUGUCCUUGAAUAAGAUGAGCAACACAGACACUCCCUUAGACACCGUCGACAAACUACGCAGGAAGAACGAAGCCACUGGCUCCGCUUAUGUCGUGCUGUCAGGACAGCAGAAUCUGGAUCUGAAGAAAAUGGGCAAGAAGCGAGAGGCCGAUAGGGAGUCCAAAACAGGCCCUAGCGGUGCAGCGACUAAGAAAGCAAAGAAAUAAACCAUAGCCUUCAAAGUAAUAAACGAAGCAGAGAAAUAAACCAUAGCCUUCAAAGUAUUAAACGAAGCAAAGAAAUAAACCAUAGCUUUCAAAGUAAUAAACGAAGCAAAGAAGUAAACCA